ACCACGAACAAAAUAUAAAAAUAUCUAUGGUUUUGUUACUAUUAAAAAGGUAGUGUCAUAGACAAAUAGUUGACUUCCUUCUUAGCAUCAAAAAUGGAUGCAUACAUAUUUCAUAUUUUCUUGUGUUAAAUUAAUUAAUUCAACGAAUAUUAAAAACAUGUUGAUUUAUAAAACAUUAAUAAUAAAAGUGUAAAAUGUGAAUUAGUGAAAAACCAAUAAACUUUAAAAUAUUUCUUUAUGUGGUCGUUUAAUUACCAGCACACCACUCAACCAACACAUCUAGAACGCCACAUAAAAUUGGUCCUUCGAGCGUGAAACAAAAUUGGUCCUUCGAGCGUGAAAUAAAAAUGGUCCUUCGAGUGUAAAAAAAAAAUGGUCCAUCCAGCAUAAAACAUCAAGAUAAAGAAAUAAUAUUAUAGAUCCUUCGGAGUACAAUGUGAUGACUAUCGUUGAGAUCACAUAAAACAAAGCCUGCAUUUCGUCGGGAUGAAGAAAUUAUCUUCACAACCUUUGAGCUAUCUUCAGGGUUGAGUAUUUAUCUGCGUGUUGACUUCGCGUUGAAGUAAUCUUCAGCAAUACCUUCGAGCUAUCUUCAGGGUAUUUUAAACUACGUGUUGUCUCCGCGUUGAAGAAAAUUAUCUUCAAAAAACACCUCUGAUCUAUAUCGAGGUAUUUAUAUUUUAACUACCUAAAUACGUGUUCUACACGUCGAAGAAAAUUAUCUUCAGAAAACCUCUGAUCUAUAUCGAGGCAUUUAUAAUUUAACUACGUGUUCUACGUUUAGAAGACAAAUAGAAAACAGUAACCCGCAAUAUCGUCGGAGUUUACAAAAACCAUCGUGUCAUCGUCGCGGUGAAGACAUUCGUGUAAUUAAAAAACAAGAAGAAAUAAGAAGUUAGUCCCAUUUACAAUUAUUUACAAGCUAUUUACAUAUUUACACCUUUUUAUAUACAUAUAGAAGAAGUGAAGACAUAGAAAAAUAGAAAACGGAUUGGUUUCCUACAAUAAAUAAUUCGUCGUAAGAAAUUGAUAAUAAGAAAAACAAAAUCAUCAUAAGAAGAAAUUCAUCGUUCGUUUCGUCAUAGAAAAUUUACUUCGUGUCGUCAGUGGUUCGUAAUAAUAUUUUAUUCAUCAACAUUUUAUAUCCUCCAUUUUGAAGAUAGAAGAAAGAAGCAAUUUAUUCUCAAGAUAUUUUUUUCCACAUUGCAACAUUAUCGUGUAUCAUUCGACGUCAUCGUCAUCGGUCAAGUUUCUAGGCGGGAAGAGUCCGUCGGGUAUCGUCGGCAAAAGUCGGAGGUGUCCUCGUGCGCAGCUUCGCUGUGAUUGGGCAAGAUUUCUCCUCGACCAAGGACAACUGUCAUUAUUCUACUCGUUCGGAAACACCGAGGGACGCAUGGUAAAAAUAAAUAAUCAAAUUAAUAUCACACAACCACAACUACGUUGACAAUUUGUAAUGUCAUAUUGUAUUUUUUUUUAAUGUCAUGAUACAGAUUUAUUAUUUUAAGAAAAGUUUCAAGUAAUUUUGUACAAGACGCCAUUUUGAACGCCUUCUUUCUUUGCGCUGCAGUGUUUUGUUUUGCGUAUAUAAAGUAAAUUGUUAAUUAAGAUGGAGUUAAAAGAAUACGUUAGUAAUCGAAGUUACAUCAAGGGUAGCAUAACUCGAAUUGAGACUUAUUGCACGGGGGCACAGUUUGAUGCUUCUGCAUGCAACUUGUUGCGCGAAAAGCGGCUUCGCAUUGUUCAACUGUUUAAAGAUUACGAGAAGCUGAACAAGCAAAUCCUAUUGCUUGACCCUGACGACAAGGAGAACUACGACGAAUACGAGAAAAAACGCGCCAUCGCGAUGGAGAAUACUGCAGAGGAGAAGCUGACUGCAGAGAAGCAGCCGCAUAAGCAGCAGCCGAUGAAGUCUGGUAAGGCUAGUUUCGUGGCUUCCGGCGUGGCUUCUAACAUCAAUACAUGUAAGUAUUGUCAGCAACCUCACAGAUUGUUUGAGUGUGUCAAAUUUAAAUUAAUGCCUGAAAAAGAUAGACAUCAUUUUGUAAAAAAUAAUAAUUUAUGUCCAUUAUGCCUGAAUUAUCAUCGAGGCCAAUGUAUGCUGCGUCUCAAGUGUGCCAUUUGUCAACAAAAGCAUAACACCCUAAUCCACAUCCAUACACCAGCUGCUGCUCAUCACAGCGCUUCUAACGAUAACAACAUUGCUGCUGUUUCUAUGUCCGGCACUUCUCGGGCAAAAAAUGUGCUGUUGCCUACUGCAAGGGUACGGCUCAUAAGUAAAAAUGGUACUUUUAUAUAUGCCAGGGCCCUGCUCGAUAGUGGGAGCCAAAUGUCUUUUAUUUCAGAGAAAAUUGCUGAACAAAUUGACUGUGACAUAAGUCACACAAACCAGGUGAUCACAGGAAUCAUUGAGGGCACCAAUAGUGUCACUAAAAAGGCGGAUUUGUCUGUUUACUCGUCUAUAAACGAGUUUAAUAUGCCUGUGUCAUGCUGUGUAGUUAAAAACAUAACGUGCCAAUUGCCACAAGAAACAUUUGAUAUUUCAAAUUUUAAAAUUCCAUCUUAUGUCAAAUUAGCUGACAAAAACUUCAACCAAACGGAUGACGUCUCUUUAUUAUUGGGAUGUGAUAUUUUCUUCCAGGUGCUGCAGCGUGAGUCGUUGCCGUUAUCCCCAUCUGGUCCGUUUUUGGUCAAUACAAGUUUUGGAUAUGUCGUCGCGGGGAAUUUGCCGGUAUCUGCUGGCAAAAUUUCUUCAUGUAAUCUAUGCCUUACAAUUGAAGGUAAAAAUAAUAUAUUUAAAGGUUGCAAUGACAUUGAAGGUAAUAAUUUAUUAAAAACCUGUGAUGAUAUUCCGGACAUAAACUUAAUUCCUGAUUCAAUAAUUGAAGAUAAUUCUUUAGUUAAUAAUUGUAAUUCUAUUCAAGGUCAGGCUUCAACUAAUACUUGCAAUUCACAAAAAACUUCAAUAUGUGAACUUGAUAAUAAUAUCUCCAAAUUUUGGGAGUGUGAGAAGGUCCCUACUGUGUUUAAAGAGGGCACCACUGAACAUGAGUUAGCAGAAAAAUGUUUUCAAAAUUCUGUUAAAUUAAUAAAUAAACGAUUUUCUGUUGCAUUACCACUAAAACUUGAUUUACAAGAUGUGCAAUUAGGUGAAUCAUUUUCAACUGCAUUACAAAGGUUUUAUAACCUAGAAAAACGAUUUUUAAAAGAUGUCAAUUUGCAUCAAAAAUAUAAAAGUUUUAUUCACGAGUACAUUGAGCAGGGACAUGCGUGUUAUUAUGAUAUUUCUAACUAUGACAUGAGUGCAGGUAAUGUUUAUUUUCUUCCACAUCAUCCAGUAAUCAAUCCAAACAGUAAGACAACCCCCGUACGUGCAGUGUUUGAUGCUAGCAUGAAAACAAAAAAUAAUUUGUGUUUAAAUGACAUCAUGUUAAAUGGGCCGGUUGUUCAGAACGACCUUUUUGACAUUCUGAUUCUAUUCAGAACUUAUAAGUUUGUUUUAUUGUGUGACAUUAAAUCAAUGUAUAGAUGCAUUCUAGUUGACAAUAAGUACUGCUGUUUACAAAAUAUAUUGUGGAGAGAUAACAUGCAUGAUCCAGUUCAGUGUCUUCAAUUACAAACCGUUACUUACGGAUUAAAGAGUUCAGCUUAUUUAGCCACUCGGUGCUUAAUAGAGUUGGCUCAGCUGUAUAAGGAAACAUACCCUUUAGCAUCUUUUGUUUUACAAUAUUCCAGUUAUGUUGAUGACAUUCACUGCGGAUCUAAUGAUGUUAGUGAAUUGAAUGAGACCAAAAGGCAACUGAUGGAACUCAUGGAAUUAGCGGGGUUUUCUUUACAUAAGUGGUGUUCAAACCAUAGUGAACUUUUAAAUGACAUUCCUUCUGCUUUGCAUCAAUUGUCAGGCAGUAGAGAUUUUGAUAAAACUAAUAAUUAUAUAAAAACAUUAGGGCUUACCUAUGAUGUAACUUCUGAUGUACUAAAUAUUCAAUGUCCUGAAAAACAAGUCCAAAAUACCUACACUAAAAGAGAAAUGUUAAGUUUCAUUAGUAAGUUUUUCGACCCCUUAGGUUUAGUGGGUCCCAUAUUAGUGCAGGCAAAACAUUUAAUGCAGCAAGUUUGGUUCGAGGAUUUAAAAUGGGAUUCUGUCCUACCACCUCAUUUAAAUAAGCAAUGGGUUGACUUUGCUACUAGUUUAGUACAUAUGUCGUGUAUUUCAAUACCUAGAAAUAUCAACGUACAAAUGUCUAAUAAAAUUGAAUUAAUUGGUUAUUCUGAUGCCUCAAAUAUCGCAUAUGGUUGUUGUUUAUAUUUGAGAAUUAUUGAUAUGGAUAAUAAUGUAAAGGUCAAUCUGUUAUGCUCACGUUCACGAAUUAAUCCUAAAAAUAAAAUCUUAACAAUUCCAAGGCUUGAACUGAAUAGUGCAUUAUUGUUAGCAAUGUUAGCUAAAAAAGUUUAUGAAACUUUGUCCCUUAAAUAUGAUGUGACAACAUUCUUGUAUUCAGAUUCAAAAAUUGUACUUUCAUGGCUUGACAUUGAACCUGUAAAGCUGAGUGUAUAUGUGGCAAACAGAGUUGAUAAAAUUAAAAACUUAACUUCCACUUUUAAGUGGUAUUAUGUAAACACAAGGGAUAACCCAGCUGAUUGCUUGUCUCGAGGCGUGAUACCUCAGGCACUACAAGGAAAUACCUUGUGGUUUCAUGGUCCACAUUAUUUACAAAAUUGUAAUUACGAACAUUGUGAUGCACCAUGUAACAAAUCAUUAAUUGACAUACCUGAAUUGAAAUGUAUAAAACAAGUUUGCAAUACAUGUAACUUUGUAAAUCCAUUGAAUAAUAUAUUAGAAAAAUACUCUAAUGUUGAAAAAAUGACAAGAGUCAUGGCAUAUAUUAAAAGAUUUAUUUAUAAUUGUAAAAAAGAAAAUGUAAACAAAAAACAGGAAAAAUUGUGUCCUGAAGAAUUAAAUUCUGCUCUGCUUUCAUUAAUAAAACUUGAUCAACAUAAAUAUUUUGAAAAUGACAUAAACAAUUUGAAGUCUAAUGUACCAUUGAAGUCUAACUUGAGCAAUUUAAGCCCCUUUUUGGAUUCCCUUGGUUUAUUAAGAGUUGGAGGGCGACUUCAAAAUGCCAAUUUGACCUUCACACAAAAACAUCCCAUUAUUAUGGCAAAAGGUUCUUGUUUAACUAAAUUAAUUAUAACCAGGGAACAUUUAAGACUUCAACAUGCAGGGCCGAAAUUGAUUCUUAGUAGCCUAAAUGAGCAGUAUUGGUUGAUAAACGCUAGUAGAGAAAUUAAAGCUGUUUUGCAUAAAUGUGUAACUUGCUUCAAAUUGAAAGCUAAAAGUUCAUCUCAACUUAUGGGAUCGUUGCCUUUUGAUAGGGUUAAUGCUUCACGACCAUUUCAAAUAGUUGGUACAGAUUAUGCUGGGCCAUUCUAUGUCAAGCAGACUCGUAUACGUAAUCCUGUAAUUACUAAGGCAUAUGUUGUAAUAUUCAUUUGUUUCAUCACCAAGGCUGUUCAUAUAGAGUUGGCAUCUGACAUGACCACUAAUACAUUCUUAGCAUGUUUAAGACGCUUUAUUUCACGUAGAAAUAAACCCACAAAGAUUUAUUGUGAUAAUGGGUCCUAUUAUAAGGGCGCAAAUAAUGUUUUAAAAGAGUUGUAUAACUUACUGAAUUCCACAAACCAUCAAGAUACAAUAGUUAAUUAUUGUAAUUCAGAAAGAAUAUCUUUCCAUUUUAUACCAUCUUACUCACCUGUGUUUGGCGGUUUGUGGGAAGCAGGAAUAAAAAGUAUUAAGUAUCAUAAUGAAAUGUGUAAUAGGAGAAACUGUGUUGACCUAUGAGGAGUUGUAUACGGUUAUAGUCCAAAUUGAGGCUAUCUUGAAUUCACGACCCUUGACGCCUAUGUCAAGAGAUCCUAAUGACAUGUCAUAUUUAUCCCCUGGACAUUUCCUCACUGGUUCGCCACUGACUUCCUAUCCAGAAUUGCGUAUUGUUGAUGAAAAUGUUGGUAGAUUGAGCUUUUGGAAAAGAUGUACUCAAAUGCAACAGCAUUUUUGGCAACAAUGGCACAAACAAUAUCUUGUAAUGAUGCAAAAUAGGCCCAAAUGGAAAAACCAAAUGCCUAAUUUAGAAAAGGGAACAAUGGUUCUCGUUAAGGGUGAUAAUGUAUCUCCUUUAAAUUGGCCAGUGGGCAGAAUUGUAGAUGUGAUGCCUGGCAAGGAUGGUAAGGUUCGAGCCCUAGAUGUAAAAACUAGUAAAGGUUCCAUCAUGAGAACUUCUGUUACAAAAGUAUGUCCCUUUCCUAUAGAUUAUACUUAAAUAAUUUUGUUUUCUUUUUAUAAAAGGUAUUACUUAAAGCCUUAAUUCUCUUUAAAUUUUUGUUAGCGAGUAAGUUUUUAUUUCUUUUACAUAAUAAUGUUUAACUUGAAGACUUAGAGUAUUCUACUAGGGUUUAUUUUUAUGUGCUCAAUCACCUAAAUAAUUUUAGUUUUGAUUUGGGACAAAUGUGUUAAGAGUUUGAGUUCUCUUUUAAGUUUUAUUUUACAUACUUAACUAAGUAUUUUUGUUUCUUUUAUAUGUAACUUAACUUCAAUUCUGAUAAGUUUUAAUUUAGAGAUUAGUUUAUAAUAUUUUGCCUAAGGCCCCAAUAUGUUCAGACCACGAACAAAAUAUAAAAAUAUCUAUGGUUUUGUUACUAUUAAAAAGGUAGUGUCAUAGACAAAUAGUUGACUUCCUUCUUAGCAUCAAAAAUGGAUGCAUACAUAUUUCAUAUUUUCUUGUGUUAAAUUAAUUAAUUCAACGAAUAUUAAAAACAUGUUGAUUUAUAAAACAUUAAUAAUAAAAGUGUAAAAUGUGAAUUAGUGAAAAACCAAUAAACUUUAAAAUAUUUCUUUA